AUGCAUGCCCACCCCGCCCCGAAGACGCCCCUUCCGCCGCCAGCCGACGCAUCGAUGCGCCCUCGGAGGCGCCGCGUCUCCGCCUUGCUCGCCGAGAGGCGCAUCGCUUCGACCCACGGGCAGAGCGCCGAGCCGGAUGUCGCCAGGAACCCUCGCCGGAGAACCAUAUACGUCCCGUCCGAUGACACCACCGUCAUGACCGUCCAUCCAGGAUAUCCUCAGCACCCUGUCCGGCCCGCGUCGCCCAAUCUUGGCCUAGAUUUGGUCACCUUGUCCGAGGAGGACUCCCAGGCGCUGCCGCCAGCCAUCAAGCAGACGCACCCUCCGAGGAAGCACCUGGCCGCUGCUCCCAACUGCCGACCCCUUCAAAAGUCGUCGCGGCCCCUGCAAGCGGUAUCGUUUGCCGAGGAUGUCGUGGGCAAGAGCCUGGGCAAGGAGAACAUCCCGCCCGGCAUGUCGCUGAAGUCCACCAAGCAGCCGCGCCCUGCCACGGGGAGGCCCACAGGCGUCAAGCCAGAAUCUGUUCGCAAGACUAGACUCGGCACAGCCGCUCCCCCACACGUCUCGGCCCCGAGGGUGGCCGUGACCCGCAAACGAACCGGUUCCGACACUGUUGCUUCUCCUUCCAAGGCGCCCAAGACUACCAGGACCGCUACCUGUCCCAGGCAACCUCUCCAAGUCCCAGUCAACAAGCGCCAAACAAGGUCCUCCACAUCCAAUCAGCCGUCGCCCUUUCAUGCCACGAGGUCACCUCCGCAGGCCUUGCGCCGCCAUCGUGCUGCGAAACCUCCCUCCAAGCUGGCCGCGCCAAGGUUGCCUCAGGACCUGCAGAGUCAAGACAGGUACCCUGUGCUCUAUGAAGAUCUUGACAGACCCGAGCUGUACGAGGACAAUUGGCUCAGCUACCAGGAAGUCGCCAUAACUCAGCUGAUCAACAAGCUGUUCGACUGCGUGCAUCUACCUUCAAAGGGUCGAUCCCGGGGAGAUGGAGUCUUGCGAAAGAACCUGCUAGCCGUCUACCAAGACCCGGCGAUUCCGCUUUUGCACAAGCGGCUACAAGCUUCCCUCAUGUACGGUGCCCUCGCUAUUCCUAAGCACCUCCUUGCCAAGACGCUUCGUCUUGAGGACGAUGUUGGUCUUCGUCGCAAGUAUCUCAGCCUGUUCGUCGACUCAUACGAGCCAUCCAUCCUAAGAGCUGCAGCCGAGGUCAUUGUUGGGCGUGAAUGCCGAGCCCCAGCAGGGACCUCUUGUGGUGCAAGCGCUCCUGGCGGCGACCAGCGUCAAAUACGUGCCGAGAAGAAGGCUAUAGAGCGUUUUCUGGACACCUUUUUUAUCCGCAAUGAAGAUGCGGUCCGUGUCGAGACUGGCUUUGGAAGCAUUGCAAGUAUUGCGCGUGGCCGCGACAAGGUCAACGACUUUGGUUCUCAAGAUUGGUCGUGGCGCCGCACCACCCUACGCAGUCUCAUGCUUAUUCUUCUGCUGGAUAUGGCCGGAACUAAAGAUGUUGUCAGCCAUCCGCUUUUCCAAGUAUCGUCCUCAUUCAAAUCCUCUCACGCCGUACUUCAAGAGCUUGCCGGCAUGCUCUUACCGUCCCUUGGUGACCUCUCACGUCCAUUGGGGCAUUUGAAUUAUCAUCUGCACUGCUUUCAGUACCCUUUACAGGAGUACAAUUACCACGUCGGGAACUUGGCAACCGACCUACGUGAUGGUGUGCUCCUUACCAGAUUGGUCGAGCUCCUCCUCUACCCUCAAACCACAACGGCACCUCACCAGGAUGUUACCGUCACCAUGCCUACGGGAGACAUCUUGACCAACCGCGCCAAGGUUGGUGAUAAAGGGUCGUGGGUUCUGUCUCAGCACCUCAAGUUCCCAUGCGUGAGCCGUACUCAGAAACUAUACAAUGCUCAGCUCGCGCUGAGUGCACUCGAAGGCACAAGAGGAGUCGCUGGACAGGCAUUCAAGGAAGUCUCCGCAGAAGACAUCGUCGACGGUCACCGCGAAAGGACUCUCGGGCUGCUCUGGAGCUUAGUCGGGAAGUGGGGACUGCAAGCACUGGUCGACUGGACUGAGCUUGAAAAGGAGAUGCGGCGAUAUCGAUCCCGCUAUUACAGUAACCAGUCCGACGAUGAUCAAGACCCGGAUACCGAGGAUGAGUCCGAGCUGACUGGAGCCCACAGCUUGGAAAAGUAUACAGCUCUCCUUCGUGGCUGGGCACACAGAAUUGCGCGCUGUCGUGGGUUGCGUGCGGCCAAUCUCACCACGUCCUUUGCUGACGGCCGCGUCCUUGAAGCGAUUGUCGACGAAUAUGUAGCCUAUUUCCCCAGUCCCACCGUGGAUACCGCACCUUCCACCAAGUCUCUCCCAGAGAAACUGCGGUCGGUCGGCUGCAGCAGUGCAUUCGUCUCUCUUUUCACAUCUGCCUUGGAAAAGUCCAACCGCCCGAUCCCUUCCAAGGAUUUCACCCUCACAACUCUCGCUUUUCUGGCCUCCCGCCUCCUUCCUGCCAGUCGUGCUCACCACGCCGCCAGCACUGUACAGCGCUGGUUCCCUUCCCACUGUGCCACUGUAGUGCAGACGCGCGAGCGUGUUGUCGGUGCAGCCGUUGUACUCCAGAGAGCAUGGAGGAACGUGCUGGAUUCGCGCAUCGUGAAACUUAUGGACGACAUCACCGCGUUCCAAGCAUUGGCGAGAGCUUGGGCUGUCAGGUGCAGAAUGCCUGCUGCCAACAAGAAGAAAGGCCGAGCAACAAGGAAAGUUGAAAGAAUAAGGGGUGGCUGGUGA